ACUCUUCUGCUUCCUGCUUCUGCUUCUGCUGCUUCUGCUGCUGCUGCUUCUUCUUCUUCUUCCUCCUCCGUCCCUCCCUCCGUUUCGCUCUCUCGCCGGAACGGUUCUCGCCGCCGUUGCCGCGGUCGUCCUGGUUCGGGGGAAGGGGCUCCGUUUCUCUCUCUAUCUCUAUCCCUCUCUCCCCGUGCGAGCAGAGGCGGAGGCUGCGCUAGGGCAGGAGCGGAGGGGCUCGCCGCUCGUCCCCCUCGCGCGCGCGUGUUUUUCCUUUUUAGGGUUUUCGCCUCCGCCGUCGGCGACCGCCCGGCGACAUGAGGAAGAAGCUCGACACACGCUUCCCAGCGGCCCGGAUUAAGAAAAUUAUGCAAGCUGAUGAGGAUGUUGGGAAGAUUGCUAUGGCUGUGCCUCUUCUUGUUUCUAAGGCAUUGGAAUUGUUCCUGCAAGACCUUUGUGAUCGGACAUAUGAUAUAACCUUGAAGAGGGGAGCGAAGACACUGAACUCCUUGCAUCUGAAGCAGUGUGUUCAAACCUUUAACGUAUUUGAUUUCUUGAGGGAAAUUGUGAGCAAGGUUCCUGAUUUCGGUGGUUCUGACACUGCUGGAGAUGAUCGGACUGCUGCUAAAAGAAGGAAAAUGGUUGAUGAUGGGGAAAAUGAUACUGAUGAUGAAUCAAAGAGGAGCCGCAUGAAUGAUACUGGUCACACAGGCAGUGCUGGGAGAGGGAGGGGUAGGGGCAGAGGUAGGGGUCGUGGGCGAGGUGGUCGAGCCUCAGAGGGGGAUUUAACUGCGCAGAAUGAGAAGUUCGAAGUCGAUGGAGAUGUUUCUCAGCAGGACAAUUCGAAUCAGGAUCAUGAAGGCACAGAAAAUGGUGACCAUCUCAAUGAAUCGAAAGAGAGCAUUCCUACUCCUAGAUCUGCUGAGCCGCCUGUUCGGAACUUUGACCUGAAUGUGGAUUUGGAUGAAAAUGGGGACUCAAAAUCCAUAUUAGCUUCUUGUCCGCCCAGUAUAUCAGCAGCUCCUAACACUGGAUUGAAGCAUGAAGAAUAUCCUGGGUGGUCCCUUUCCGAAGUUGAGAAGAUGGCUAUCGAUCCCAUUCAGCUUGCAAACUUGGAUAGAAGGAUGGAUGAGGAUGAUGAAGACUACGAUGAAGAAGGCUAGGUCAGCAGGGUGUUUUAGUGCUCUUACUUUGUGAAUCCUCAGAGUUGAUGCAAAAUCAUUAGAUGUGUUUGGAUAGAUUAGACAGCUCACAUGCUAAACUUAGGAAACAAUGUCAAGACAGGGCCGAAACUGACUAUAUCCAAGCUCCUUUAGGAAGUUCUUAGUUUAACGUGUCAGAUUGUAUACAUGUACAGAGGCUUUUGAUGGUUGUCACUUGGUGUUAUCAUCACUCAGCUUAUCAUUGUCACUAACUUUUAAUCCUUUUUAGUUUGAAAUGUACUGACGCCCUCAAGUCUAUUUCGUAUUUCAAUGCGACAGCACAUAAUCUUAUAUAUGUGUAGCCAUCUUUUCUUGCACUCCUGUGCGUCGGGAAAAAUAGUGUCUUCAAUCCAAUGGAUCAAGAGUGACCAGACUGUUCACCAAAGACAAUGUCCGUAAUGGCGGGAUACGAUCUCGCAUUUUCCUUCUUAUUCUUGGGCUGAUGUUAUGUCAUCGGAUUGACAGGUGUUCGCAUUUGUAGGGGCUUUUAAAGCCUUAACCAAUGUAGAGUGUUCUGUGUACCUAACGGUCUAGAAGUUUGAUCCUCUGGUUUGAGUAACUUUUCCAUCAAUCAUCAAAUGUCCAUUGUCUGAAAGGAAGGAAGCCAAGGUGUUUGCUUGGGUUAUUGCAGUGUCCCAUCUUUGCUCUGUGCAUAAAUGCGACGAACCAAGCUUCUGAAACUAACGUCAAGAACCACAAACAAACCAAAGAAGCAGAAGGCUCUUAUCGUUCUGGACAAAUUCCUAUGGAUCCUAGGCUCUCCAAAGUCAUCCAGUACGAAGAUGUCAUCUCUCUCCGGGCCUUGUUAGCCGAAGAUCCGCUGAUUCUGGAAAAAGCCGUGCUGGGACCAAUGGCAGAGACUCCUCUUCAUGUGGCUGUGCUUGCUGGGAAUAGCGAACUCGUGAAGGAGAUUGUUAGCAGGAAGCCCAAUUUUGCGAGGGAAUUGAACCACGAUGGCUUCACACCAUUACACAUUGUGUCGGCCAUGGGGAACCUGGAAGUCAUGAGGGAGCUUCUAACGCUAGGCCCUGAUCUUUGCAUGAUCAAUGACAAAGACGGCCGGAUGCCGCUCCACUAUGCGGCCAUCAAGGGCAGGGUCAAGGUAAUUGAGGAGUUACUCUCUAAGUGUCCUCAAGCCCUCAAGGAACGCACUGCUCGCGGCGAGACCGCGCUUCACCUGGCUGUGAAGAACAGUCAGUUCGAUGCGCUCAAGAAGCUGGUGGAAAAUGUCAGUGAAGAUGGAGAUGCAGACAACCUUGUGACUGCCGUGGACAAUGAUGGGAACACAAUCUCACAGCUGGCUGUGGCUUCGAAACAGCUCCAGAUCCUUGACUUCCUGAAGAAGCAAAACAUGGUGGGCAAAGACACUAUCGAUGUUGUUUCAGUUGAUCAGCUCGAUGAACAAACUAAUGCCAAGCCUCAAGCAAAAUGAAUCAAGAAGGCAGCGACAAAUGCAGACUUGACGCAGCAGUCAAGCCAAUCUACCGAUGACGACUUGAGCAGCAGCAUAUGGUCGGAAGUGGAGGAGAUGGUACUAGUCGUGGCCAGUUUAAUAGCAACCAUCACGUACCAAGCAGGACUGUCUCCUCCACAGACUAUUUGGAGCGACAACAUGCAGCUAGACAAGCAAUGCACGUCCCACCAUUCCUUCUUCAGCUCGACAAAUCUAUGCCCCAUGGCUGCUUACUAUCUCUUCAUGUCCUUCAACACUUCUGGGUUCUUCUCCUCCAUUUUCCUCAUGUUCUUCUUCAGGAAGCCAUCCUACGUCCAGGUUCUGCUGCCCGUGGCUCUACUCUCCAUGGUUGUCACCUACGUGACUCUUUCCGUGACCAUGUCCCCCAACGGUCUCUCCUUGCUCCUGAUAUACGUCGCCACACUCUUGAUCUUCCUCUAUUGCAUGUUAGCAGUCGAAGUGGUUAAGACAAUCUUCCGCAAUGCCUUCAGCUUUGCAGCAGGCAAAGUAAGCGACGUGACAAAGGCGAUUAAAAACCGUAGGUCAUCUUCAGCAAAUGUCUCCAAAUUAAGCGCAUGAUUUUUGGUUCAUUCAAGUCUUCCCGGUAUUUACACGUGCAUGGUAAGAUCAAGGUCUAUAACUUUUGCAGUUUGCACUCACUUGUGGAGCGGUUUGAGAGUCUCUUACAGUUUUCCCUUCAUGCCUCACUAUGUGCUGUGCUGCCCCGUCCCUUGUGCGAGUAGAAAAUUAUGUGCUAAAGAUAGAUUUCUUCACUUAGUGUACUAUACUGUUCAAAUAUGCGGCGCUUGUUCUUGCUUGUCCGCUGAAA